UCUAAUAAAAAUAUAUGAUUUUUUAUUGUUUCUUUAAUGGAACGAUGCCAAAGCCACCUAACGGACGAGGUCAUGCAUUUGCUUGCAUUUGACCAAGCGCAGUUUUAGGAUCUAUUUGUGAACACAUUGAGGAAUAGUAGUAUAUAGUAAAAUUCGGUUCUGCAGAAAAGAAGAAAAAAAAAUGGCGAACAUUCGCGAGUGAGGAAUGAAUCUGAUGGUGAAGGUAUUGACGACGAGACAGAGCACUUGUUAAAUAUCGAAAAAGGAAAAACUUUGUAGACGCAAAUAAAAACUAUUUGCCAGCACGUUGAUUGCGAAACGUCAUAAAACAAUUCAUACGAAUCGAACGAGUUCGUAGUGCAAGACGAAUAACUUUUUCAUUUAUAAAGGUUAUCUCUCUCAAAUGCUGCAUGACAAAUAAAUGUUAACAAAAUGGAUAAUGUAUCGAAGGAUUCAUCGACCUCACAUUAUACUUCGUGGUGAUUUGAUUUAAUUUUUAUUUUAAAGGGACAUUUUAUUCAUCAAUAGCGUCAGACCUACAAUGAGUGUUACAAAAUGCAGAGCAGAAUAAUGCAACGAUUAUCAAUAUAUAUAUACAUUUUCUAAUAUCGAUAGCUAUAUAUACUUUGGAUAUAUGCUAACAAACCAAAAAAUGGAUCAAGAAACGGUAUAUGGUACACAUGAGGACAGUCAUGUUGUCAUGUCAGAGAAAGUUCAGUCUUUGGCAGGCAGUAUUUAUCAAGAAUUUGAAAGAAUGAUUGCAAGAUAUGACGAAGAUGUUGUAAAAGACCUAAUGCCUUUGCUAGUCAAUGUUUUAGAAUCUUUAGAUGUAUCUUAUACAGAAAAUCAAGAACGCGAAGUUGAAUUAGAAUUAUUAAGAGAGGAUAAUGAACAGCUAGUUACGCAAUAUGAGAGAGAAAAACAACUGAGGAAAACAUCUGACCAGAAAUUGCUCGAGUUGGAAGAUGUUGCAGAAGACGAAAGGAAAGAAUUAUUAUCCAAAAUCGACAGUUUAGAAUCAAUUGUAAGGAUGCUGGAGAAGAAAGCUAAGAAUUCACAAGACCACGUGGCACGUCUUGAAGAAAAGGAAGUUGAACAGAAACGUGAAUACACACGUAUACAUGACAGAUAUACAGAAUUAGUUAGGACACAUUUAGAGUACAUGGAGAGAACAAAAAUGUUGGUUGGUAGUACGGAAAGAUUAGAAAAUGCGUCCGGUGGUCGGGGUCCACCAAAAUAUCUUUCUCAUGAUUUAGCACAUAUGUCAAGAAGCUCUGGUCCUUUAAGUUAUGGAUUUCAAAGUUUAGAAACUAAUACGAAUGCAGAAGUACUUUUAGACGAAAGUCCACCAAAUGCUGCUGCUAAUAAUUUAAGAACUGAAAUGUCGGAUAAUAGUAGCGAAGCUGCAAUAGAAACUUCUGACAAAAGUCAAUUAACCGAUCAGCCUGUACAAGAAAAUAAGACUACUGCAAUUUCAAGACGUGAAAGUCCUGAGACUGAAUUACCCUUUCCAGUAAUACCAUCUACACCAAGUGGAAUAGAGAAAUUAGUAACAACACCAAGUGGUGGUAGAACUAAAACUGAAAGAGAACAGAGAAGUGGUAAUACGUUGUAUCAAGAACUUAGUUUCCAAGAUGCAGAUGCAUUAGGUGAAAUAGAUGAAGGUGCAGAUAUUACAGGUAGUUGGGUUCAUCCUGGUGAAUAUGCAUCAUCGGUCAAUGACAACUUUUAUGGAAUGGGAAAAGAAGUGGAGAACCUUAUUACGGAAAACAACGAGCUGUUAGCUACUAAAAAUGCUCUUAACGUAGUUAAGGAUGACUUAAUAGUUAAAGUGGAUGAACUGACUAGCGAACAAGAAAUAUUACGCGAGGAGGUUCGUGGUUUGCAACAAACCAAGGAUCGAUUGCGUCAACGUAUUGUUGCUCUUGAAGAAGAAUUAAAGAAAGUUAAAGAGGAUGCUGAGGCUGCUGCGAAAGCUGCUAAAAGCGAUGACGAAGAGGACGUUCCAUUAGCUCAAAGAAAAAGGUUUACUAGAGUGGAAAUGGCUAGAGUUCUCAUGGAAAGAAAUCAAUAUAAGGAAAGAUUUAUGGAACUUCAAGAAGCUGUAAGGUGGACUGAAAUCAUUAGAGCUAAUAAAAUUGAUCCUUCCAAUACAUCAGGAGGAAAGGGCUCACAAUUUUGGAAGUUUUUUAGUAGUCUCUUCACAACAACUGAUCGUGGGAAUUUAGUACGCGGAGCACAUACAUUACCUCAUUUUCGCUACAGUGCACCAACAAAUCAAGUUGUUCCAGCAGUGAGCACCAUGCAUAAACAUACGAAAAAUCGUCAUGACUUUCUCGACCAAGGAGACACCAUAUCAUCUGAAAAGCUCGUUGCCCGACGAGCAAAUGAACGAAGAGAACAAUAUCGUCAAGUCAGAGCACACGUUAGAAAAGAAGAUGGUCGAUUACAAGCUUACGGAUGGAGUUUGCCAGGAAAGCCAAUAGCACCAGUAAGACAACCUGUACCAGUACCAGUAUAUUGUAGGCCUCUUCAAGAAACAGAACCAGGAAUGAAAAUUUGGUGUGGUGCUGGUGUCAAUUUAACGGGAGGUAAAACACCAGACGGUGGUUGUAUGAUUGGGGGAAGUGUAUUUUAUGCAGCUGAAGCUUCAGAAACAAAUACAAUUAAAACAGAAGCUGAAGAUGCAGUUGAACAUUUAGACAAUGAACUUCAAGAGAAUGAAAAACGUAUAUUAGAGGCUGAACAAUUGGAACAGAAACUCAGUUCUUUGGUUUGGAUUUGCACAUCAACUCAAAAAAUGUCCAAAGUUACAGUUAUAGAUGCUAAUAAUCCAGCAGAUAUCUUAGAGGUUUUCAGUGUUUGUCAAGGACAUUUACUUUCCAUUGCUAGUGUACCAGGUGCCAUGGAAAGUGAUUAUCCUAAAAAUUCGAAGGAAAAUUUAACAUAUAAACUUAAUAAUAAAAAUAAUAAUAGCAUGGAUAAUAAUAAUCAUCACGAUGAAUCGAUUAUAAUUGAACAUGUUGAUGAAAAUGAGCAGAAAAAUCAGCAAGAAGCGUCAACCUCUGCUGAAAAUAAUAAAACGGAGAAUGGCAAUUCUGUGGAUGAACAAAAUGGUGAAAUUGUUGACAAAAAUAAAGAUACUGAUCAGAAUUCAAACGCUGGACCUCAAAGUUUGGAAAGUGUAGAUAGCGAAACGGCAAAUUUAGGAAAGGUUUAUUUUAUUAAAUGCAAUUCAGAAAUAGUUAACGACGAAUUAAAUUGCAAAGAGAAUAAAAAUGAAGAAGAAGAAGAAGAAGGAGAAGAAGAAGUAGAAGUAGAAGAAGAUAAGGAAAUAGAGGAAAGUACACCUAUUGAAAAAAUGUCAUCUAUACAAUCAACUAUGUGGCUGGGAGCUCAAAAUGGUGCUGUUUUUGUACAUUCGGCUGUUGCCAAAUGGUCCGUUUGUUUGCAUUCUGUAAAAUUAAAGGAUGCGGCUGUAGCUAUCGUACACGUUCAAGGUCGUGUCCUGGUUGCUUUGGCUGACGGAACCGUGGCUUUGUUCCGAAGGGGUGCAGAUGGUCAAUGGGAUCUUUCUCAGUAUCAUGUUAUUACCUUAGGAAGUCCGCAACAUUCGAUUAGAUGUAUGUCUGCUGUUAGUGGAAAGACUGUGUGGUGUGGAUAUAGAAAUAAAAUCCAUGUGAUAGACCCUAUUAGAAUGACUGUUGAAUGCACCGUCGAUGCUCAUCCUAGAAGAGAGUCACAAGUAAGACAAUUGGCAUGGUUAGGUGAAGGCGUUUGGGUUAGCAUUCGAUUGGAUUCGACAUUAAGACUCUAUCAUGCGCAUACUUAUCAACAUCUACAAGAUGUUGACAUAGAACCUUAUGUCAGUAAAAUGCUGGGCACAGGAAAACUCGGAUUUUCUUUUGUACGAAUCACAGCUUUAUUAAUUUCCUCAAAUAGAUUGUGGAUAGGUACUGGAAAUGGAGUGAUAAUCUCAGUACCACUGUCCGAGAGUGCUGGUGGUUCAAUGGCAGUAUCCAGAAUUCAAACAGGAGCUAAUAAAGGUGAUGCACCAGGAAUUGGUGUUAGAGUUUUUGCAUCGGAACGAGGAGUUUCUGUUGGAAGUUUUAUACCAUAUUGUAGUAUGGCCCAUGCACAAUUAAGUUUUCAUGGACACAGGGAUGCUGUUAAAAUGUUUGUCGCUGUGCCUGGUCACGGUGGUCAAAGUGCUGCAACCGAUGGUUCACAGCCUGCAAUGCUUGUCUUAUCUGGAGGCGAAGGUUACAUCGAUUUUAGAGUUGGUGAUGGAGAAGAAACAGAAGAGAGUAUUGAACGGUCUAAUGCUAUAAUAGCAGCUAAUACUGACGAACAUGGUGAACAAAGUCACCUUAUUGUUUGGCAAGUACAGUGUCCAGUGCCAAUGGCCAGUUAGCCUACGAAAUGGAAAGACAACUUCAUCAUGGUGCACGACUAGCUAUAUAUAUAUUUAUAUAUAUAUAUAUCUUUCAACAAUAGUUGGUCAAUUAACGCCCACAUGUUGUUGAAAAUCAUUGAUAAAUGAUACUUGUUGAUUCAAGUAAACAAUAUGCGGUUAUAGUAUAACUAAAAACACAAAAUGGUUUCAUACAGCAGUAUAAGGAAAAGCGUUAUUAAAUAAUAAUA